AUGAGGCUUGCUGCGGUUGACCCUACUACUCCGCUCCGCUCAUCUGCUCCUUCCUCUCGCGCACUGGAUGGGACUCCUACAAGGCCUCCUCCCGGCGAUGUUCCACACUUCCAGCAGGAUUUCAUCGACAUCAUCCCAUCCAACUGGAUGGUGAUUUCCGUUACGCUCAGCGAAGACUUGACGGAAUUGUACAUUGGUAGUGUUCAGUCCGGGCAAGCUCCAUUGGUGCUGAGGCUUCCGUUAAACAGACAUGCUGGCAAUGAUGACGAGGAUAUGGACUUCUCGUACGAGACAGCACUCAAGGAGCUUAAGGAUGUCUUGUCGUCCAGUAACGCAAGUACGAAGAGAGCGAAGGACAUCAGAGAUCGAGAAACCAAGUUGGCUUGGUGGAACGAGCGUAUAGCUCUGGAUGCACGAUUGAAGGUGUUGUUGGAGAACAUCGAGCUCUGUUGGCUGGGAGGGUUCAAGGGCAUUUUCAACAACCGCAAGAGCGAUGCGAAGUUGUUUGCCCGAUUUCGUGCAUCCUUCGCGCAAAUUAUGUCAAAACACCUUCCUUUCUGCCGCGGACGGAAGUCAAAGGCUGUUGGUGAUAUCGACGCCCGCCUCCUAGAGCUCUUCAUCGCGCUGGGCCCUCCGCCGGCAAGUGACGUGGAAAAUGACGAGGACAAAACUGCGGAGCUUUUGGAAGACAUCAUAUAUUUCGUUCUCGACAUCUACCAGUUUCAUGGCGAACCCAUCGCCUACGACGAAGUCGACAUCGACCAGAUGGUGGUGGAUCUCCAAGAAGCACUUCGCUCAUAUCACGAAGCACUCGGGAAGGUGAAAGAUCACGAAGAGGCACACCUGAUUCUGAUCCUGGAUAAGUCAGUGCAAAUGUUCCCUUGGGAGUCUUUGCCAGUCAUGCGAGGUCAGUCGGUCUCGCGAUUACCCUCUUUGGCAGCUCUGCGCGAACGACUGCAGCGUCUUUCUGGGCCAGAGGAAGAUUCGGAUGACGACGAAUCUUGCAAUGGCGACCGACAGACUGGUGAUGUCGUGGUCCGCAAGGAAAGUGGAAGUUUCAUUCUCAACCCUUCAGGAGACCUCGUAAACACACAGAAGGUCUUCGCUGACAAGUUUUCCAAUCUUCCUGGAUGGACGGGAAUCAUCGGACGUACACCCAUGGAAGAGGAGUACCGACGUGCGCUGACAUCUCCGGAUAUUUUUAUUUACAUGGGACACGGCUCUGGCGAACAGUACCUUCGAUCAGCUGCCCUGAAUCGUCUGAAAAAAUGUGCCGUUACUUUACUUAUGGGUUGUAGCAGUGGUGAACUGAAAGAAGCUGGUGACUUCGAGCCUUCAGGAACUGCGCUGAGUUAUGUCAUCGCCGGGUGUCCCACGCUUGUCGCCAAUCUGUGGGAUGUUACGGAUAAAGACAUCGACCUUUUCAGUGUUAAAGUACUCGAAAGAUGGGGUUUGCUGAAAGAGGACGAGACGAAGAAGCAUUCCAAGAGGACGGAUGCGGAGGAGAAAACUUCUUUGGUGCGAGCGGUGGCGUUGUCCAGGGAUGAGUGUACAUUGAAGUAUUUGAACGGAGCGGCGCCAGUCGUGUACGGCAUUCCAUGUUAUUUGAAGUGA